UAUAAUUUAUGGUUAACAGGUUUAAUCUGAUUGGGUAUUUAACAGUUAAAAGUUGUGACUACAAAACAUCAUUUUAGUUGUAAAAAAUAACAAUAAACUUGAAAGAAUUGAGUAGCAAUAAAGUUAUGUAUUUCAAAUAUAUCAAAUAUCAUAUGUGAUAUGUCAUAAAAGCGGGAAUAUUUGGUCAAGGUAAACAAAAACAAGAAUGUCGAGGAUACCAGACUACUCUCCUAAUUUAUCACUUAAAAUGUCUCAAGUGAUGCAUGGACUUGGUGUAAAUGAGAAGAUAGUGAUGAAAAGAAGAAGAUCAUGGCUACUGAAUGAAUCAAUAUUAACGUUAAUUCAACAACUUCUCGGUCAUGAUAGAAAUGGGUUCUUCUUUGGUAGUCAAAUAGAAGGUACAACAACUCUUGGAUUACGGUCUGACACGGAUUUUCUUGAAUCUUUAAACAAUAUUAAUGUGAUACCAGACUUGAAUGAAUGGGAAUAUUGUAAACAUAAUUUGUUGAUGAUACAAGAUAUUAAUGUCUCACCAGGAUAUUGUUUGUUACAAAUAUUACAAGAUGAUGCUCCACUACCACAAGAAGUCAAAGUUAAUGACCAUUCCUACAGAGACAGAAUGGGGAGAAUAUUGUUAAAAAAUACAUAUUCUUAUGGAUUGGGAAAUAGUGAAUUAAUAAUUAGGAACGGCCCGGCUCAUUCUGUACAAGAUGUCCCUGGGGCCAAAGAUAGUGAUUUAGUUAUUGCCUUUCCUUGUAAAUUAAGACCAGUUCAAGCAGCGCAUUGGUUAAAUCAACAUAGAGAAGAGCAUUGGCCUACAAAUGAUAUGAUACAGUACUGUAGUAACACGAAAUGUUUUGUUGUAGGCGUUGGUAAAACAGGAAGUGUAAAUGAAGCAUUUGAAUGGAGAAUAUCUACAUCAUUUGCAGAGAGAUGUUUAAUGUUUAAUCUUAACAUAACACAAAUCAGGUGUUAUGUUUUGAUGAAAAUGAUUUUGAAAACAUUUAUAAAUCAAAGAUUUCCCGACAGCAUUUCAAGUUUCAUGUGUAAAACAGUUUUGUUACAUUGCAUUUCAUGUACAAGAUCUGGUGCAUGGAACGAAAAAGCCCUCUUAACUUGUCUAUCAUUUUGUUUAUCAACACUUUACAACUGUGUUCAUCAAGAAUACUGUCCUCAUUUCUUCAUCACACAAAAUAACUUGAUGGGUGGGCGAUUUACACCGGAGACUAAGUCGUUAAUACUUGAAACUCUUCGAUAUGUAAUCGAAAGUAAUGGAAGGGCAUUGCUCGAAAUUGAAUGUGACUGCCUUGGCUUAUGUCUUCAGUCAAAUUUAAACGGUAUUGAACAUUUUGUACCACCUAUAAUUUCUGGGCAAUUACUAAGAGAAACAGCCCUUCAUAUAAGUUCAGAUUUCAAAGAUAUCUUAUGUGAAAUGAAUCAUUUAUCACAUCAACCCACGAUGCAAAAAAUUUUAACAAUUAUUUCAAAUUACCAUAAUGACAAUUUCACAAACAUAGAUAGAAAAGCUUACCGUUUGAUAACAUGGUAUUUAUGUAGUACACUUGGAUCUGUUCUAGCAUCUUUAAACAUUAACCAACAUGACCAUUUUACAUACAAUAAGGCACUUGAAUUCAUGGCAUUAGGAUUUAACUCCGAUGUAGCAUCUGGUAAACUGAAACUUGCAUCUUUCUUCUAUUGUGACGGAGAUAUUGAGAGGACUGAAAUGAUCUUGAACAAAACUGAGGAAUGUUAUGAUGUUAGUAUCGUUGAACCAGUAUGUGAGUGUUAUAAUUUCGAACAGGCAAAAAGAAGAGACAGAUUUGACAGGAACUGUUUUGAAUCAAAUGAAGAAUGCUCUCUGUUUAAAUAUAUAAUAGCAUCAUGUGUCCGGUUUAUACGAUGUGAAAUAAACUGUUGUCCAUUAGAACUUCAACAUGAAAUGUUUAGAUCAACACAGGAAGACUUUGCUUACAGAAGUGAAGAUGAUGAAUGGAUGGACAUGGCUGUUGUAGAUUCUCUCCCUUACCUCUAUUUCAUGCAGUACAAGACAUAUUCCCGUCUAGGAAGACAAGAUGAUAAACAGAGGGCCCUCUCUAAUAUUGCUAGAACAAUUGAUGUUGAACCAAAUCUCGGACAUAGGGAAACAGCACUCAAUCUUCUAGGACAUUGUAUGGAAGAAGAGAAUAAUGUAGAAAAUGCAUUGAAAUGUUAUGCGCGUUCCCUUCAGAUUAGAGGGAGAAAUAAUUCGGCAAAAGUCCAUAUUUGUAAGCUGUUAAACAAAUUGAUCAAUAACUUGUUGUAACUUAUUUUAGAACAAGAAUACCGCAAGGAAGAUACUUCAAAAUGCUUUCAGAUGUCCUUUAAUAUACAAAGUUGACACAAUUCUGCAAAGUGUCAAAUAUUUAGACUGUUAGCAUCCGUUUAUGAUUAGAACCAAAACAUAUAUGUUUAAGGGCAUACACGGCUUACCUAUAUAACAACAGCGUAGGUAUGGUUACGAUAAACUAUUCAUAACAAAGCAAAUGCUUUGAUUGCCUAAAAAGGACUUUACCUUCAACAGGAAAGAAACCUUUUGGAAAUACUUGACCAUUGUAAAAUAGUUCAUUUAUUUUUAUGUUUUGCAAACAAGAUAUCUUGUAAGAUAUUAGGAAUAUAUAACAAUACACAGAGAAACAAUAAACCUUUAAAUAGACAUGGAGGACAGAUUAAAAAAGCACCGAAUAUUCAUGUACAGUAUAUAUUAUGCAUUGUCAUUUUGAUACUCGCAAUGUUUGCCCAGUAAUUAUCUAGUAUGAGUCACUUGUUAUAUAGUUUUGAACAUUAUAAGUUUAAAUUGAAAUUAUCUAUCAGUGUUUAAUCUUGCAACACCAGAGUGUUUUGCUUAUGGUGGGGUAUUUUGCCAAUUAACUGUCAUCUCAAACACAAUGUAAUUUCAAGAGUGUCAUGUGUCAUAUCAGAUACGGUAACAUUUUUAACCGUGUGAAAGUAUAAACAUAAUACGUGUCUAUUUAGAUGAAUAACAAAACGUUUCAUUGUUGCAUUUCGAAUAAUAUUAGAUGAAUAUUUUCACUUUAUCAAGAAACUGGCAUUGUAACGGAUUUCUUACAAAAAAUAGUUCAAAACGUUACACAUAAUAGAUGAUUACUAAUAUUAUAUUAUAGUAUUUUGUACGAACAUGCUUUAGAUUUUCACAAUUUUAUCAAUUCAUAACUUGUGGAUGAAGGUGAUCACUUAACAGUGUUGAUUUUUCAGAUACAUCAUAAAACUGAAAGUUACUUUUGCCCCAGUCAAAAAUGAUCCAUUUUAUUUAUUUAAUAUAUUAUGUAUGUAUAUUUUUCUCUGGAUCUCUAAUAAAUAUAAUACAUAAACUGCUGCAUUUGUGUUUGUUUAAUGGAUUUGCCUUGCUUUAAAUAUUAAACAAUUCAUUUGAAACUAGAUGAAAUGCAAACAUAAUAGAGGUUGGUCAUUCACCACGGAUGUGCAGACUGGCCUGUCUUUACAUUCGUGGCAAAAGCUGACCACUUUCGAUU